UUUUGUGCCGGUGAAGUGUUUCAAGUGAGGUGCAGCAAGCCAAUUUUAACUUGGAUAAAGUUAAAUUGCUGCAUCAUACCUUACUGAGUAUCUUGCUGAUGCCUGUUUGGAUUAGUACAAAAAGCGACAAUAAUUUCUUAGCGAAAUAUGCAGUUUAUGUUGCUUUUUAGUCGUCAGGGAAAGCUUCGGCUGCAGAAAUGGUAUGUCCCACUAUCAGACAAAGAGAAGAAAAAGAUCACAAGAGAACUUGUUCAAACCGUUUUAGCACGGAAGCCUAAAAUGUGCAGCUUUCUUGAGUGGCGAGAUCUGAAGAUUGUUUACAAGAGAUACGCUAGUCUGUAUUUUUGCUGUGCUAUUGAGGAUCAAGACAAUGAGCUAAUUACCCUGGAAAUAAUUCAUCGUUACGUGGAAUUACUUGACAAGUAUUUUGGCAGUGUGUGUGAGCUUGAUAUCAUCUUUAAUUUCGAGAAGGCUUAUUUUAUUUUGGAUGAGUUUCUUUUGGGAGGGGAAGUUCAGGAAACAUCUAAGAAAAAUGUCCUUAAGGCAAUCGAGCAGGCCGAUCUGCUGCAGGAGUUUCAGGAGGUUCUUGGCGUCCCUAGAAAUCCAUCUCCGGACACUCUAAGCCACGUCAUGAAUAUUUUAAUGUCCCAGUGUACUAAAUGACUACUCGACGGGUAUGCAGACUCUUACAGAGGAAAUAGAGAGCUGAUAUACUUAUGAAAGAAAAUAUCCUCAGCUUGGUGACCAUCUUAUAAUAAUAGAAUGUUCCAAAUCAACACCUUUACAAUUGUAACUUUGUUCCUGUUCUUAUUCCUCUUUUUUGUUUUAUUUCCUUUCUAUAUGUGAUCUUGAUGUAGCUUAUUCCUGCUUUUGCAGCUGGUUUAAUUUCUUAAAAAAUAUGACAUAUGAAUGUUUUAGUAAUAUUUCAUCUUAAACACAUCCAUGUCAUUUGUGAGCCAUUUGUGAUUAAUCUUGUUAAGAGGAAAACUUAGCAAUCAUUACAAUGUUUACCAAAGAAAAUACAGCUGAAAUGCUAAGUCCAAAUAAUUAGUGCCAUAAUAUAUAGUGUGGCUUGGUGUUCAAAUGUUGAAAAAAACACACCUAUAUUUAGUCUAUAUGAGCUAAUGUGUUUUAAUGUAUCACAUAAAAGUGUAUUCAGAAAUACAAGAAAGUAAAAUCUGUACUAUGACAUAAUUUAAGGUGAAACACACAGUUUUUAAGAAAUUUGUAAUGCCACAUUUAUUGAAGAUCAAACAAUCCUUUAAAAACUAACAGAAAGCUAUGUCAGAAAAUCUGAUCUGCAAUAUCUAUUUAAUAGUAAGUAACCCUUUCAAAGCAUUAAUACUGAGUAUAGUCAAAUUUGAAUAUUCAGUUUAAAUACUUAUAUUUUAAUGGUUAUGGUUUUAUCAUAUAGUCUUCAUUUAAAAUUCUUAUGAUUUAUUAACUAUGGUUUUAUAUUUCUUAAUAUUGAUCAUUAUUGUGUAUACUUUCAAUAAAACAUGCAACAUACUUUAUUACAAAAGGAAAGUACCAAAUAAUUCAUUGUUUAUACCUAGAGAGUUCAAAGCCUGAGUUAAGUAAGCUAUCAUUAAACAGUAAAUUCAAAAGUGCUCAAACUGGUUUACCACUAAAGGAAGACCAUGAAAGUGUGUAUCAGGCAGGCAUGCAGAUCAGUUCGUAACAUUCUUACCAUGGCACCUGGAUGGGCUAUCAGAUGAGAAAUUUAGCAUUAUACAUUGAAAGCAUUGGGAAACAUUGGUCUUUCAUUUCCAUUUUCCCCUCCAUACCACCCUGCAAUGUAUUAUUUAUCCGGUUUUAAUGAUGCAUAAAUAUGCAUUGUCUCAUGCCUGUUUGCUCUGGAUGUUGUGUGCUGAGCUGUAACAAUAUGUUGCUUCUUUUGUUUUCUGUAUACAGCUGCUUGCUUUAAAUUAGUCAAUUCUGAAAUAGCUUUCCUUGCAUGUCUAAAAUAAAAAUAUUGCAUGUA